AUGCAGACGAGAAACGCUUUACUGUCGAUUACUAUGUUACUGUCGAUUGUGGUAAAUUGUAAGAGAAUCCUGAUCAUCACUCCUGCACCUCUACAUAGUCAUCAGUUGGUGUUUCGACCGCUAUGGCAAGCCCUACAUAAGCGGGGUCAUGAAUUGGUUCUGAUUACGAUACCGAUAAACGCUACAUUAAGCAACUACACAGAAAUCGAUUUUAGCUUCUUGAAAGUUACGCUUCACAAUGAGGAAUUCAUGAGUCAACAUUUAUCUAAUUCGAUAUGGCAAGUGGAAAAGAUCACGUUGGAUUUAAUGAACAUGAUUAACAGGGAGACGUUUGAACAUCCUCAAGUGAGACAGCUCUAUGCACCGGAAAGCAAUGAGAAAUUCGAUUUGGUUAUUGUAGAUGUAAUGUUGGGACCCGCUCUGUGUAGUUUUGCAUAUAGAUUUCACGCACCUUUAAUAGGUAUAACGUCUACGGAAGUGUAUCAAUAUAUACGGUAUCUUCUUGGCGAUUUGCUGUUACCCUCGUAUCCCUCGAAUUGGGAAUUUGAUAGAAAUGCCGGUUUUAACCUGCCUUUUUGGCAGAGAAUGACAAACUAUCUCGAGAUGUUGGCCUAUAUUUAUCGUUGGACUUACAUCUAUAUGCCUCAACAGCAGGAAAUAGCCCGAAAAUAUUUAAGCGCUAACGCGGGCGAUCUUUUCGAUACGAUAGGAAACAUGAGUCUGCUUUUCUUAGGGCGAUCGUUCACGUUUACGUACAUUAAACCCAAAGUACCUAACAUAAUCUAUUUUGAUAGCUUACAUGUUACGAAGAAACCAUCACCUUUGCCAAAGAAUUUAAAACAAUUCCUCGAUGGCGCAACGGAAGGAUUUGUUUACAUGAGUCUUGGGAGCACCAUAAAUUCGAGUUGCUUGCCGAAAGAAAAAUUAAGCGUGGUCGUUCAAGCAUUCACGAAGUUACCAUAUAAGAUUCUCUGGAAAUUCGAGAAAGAAAAACCACCAAGAAUACCGGAUAAUGUUUUCAUAAUGAAGUGGAUUCCGCAGCAAGAAGUUCUGGCUCAUCCGAACAUUAAGGUUUUCGUCUACCAGGGUGGUGUUCAAAGUACCGAGGAAGCUAUUCACUUUGCUGUGCCGCUUGUUGGGAUCCCUCUUAUGUACGAUCAAGGAUAUACGAUCAAUAGGCUAUUCGAGAAAGGUGUUGCUCGACGAUUGAACUAUAACAAUUUAUCCGACACAGAUCUCGUGAACGCGAUUCGCGACGUUUUCAACGAUAAACAAUAUAAGGAAAAUAUGAUCCGAUUGAGCGAUCUCAUUAAGGAUAAGCCAGUUGACGAUAUCGAGAAGCUCGUAUGGUGGAUUGAACACGUGAUGCGUUACAAUGGUGUACCUUACAUGCGAUACAACGGCGCGGAUCAACCGUUCUACGAACGAUAUGAUACGAACAUCAUAGCCUUUCUCGCAAUCGCUAUAUUUAUGAUUAUAAUGAUCCUCCUUUUUGUUCUAACCGAGUGUUUGUACUUUAUCAUUCGGAAUCGUAUGUUGAUAUAUACCACUUAUAAACCUGGUUUCCACAACAUGAGCGUGAAAGAAAAAACUAGCUGA